AUGGCCGGUAGGAAAGUUUCCGCCUUGUUUCGCGCCCGACCCGCAGGGCCAUUUCUCCCCCUACCCGCACUGCUUCUGCUCGGCGCAGCGGCGGCGGCUGCAGAGUGGUAUCUCGGUGGACGGGUGCCGCUGACGUGGAUCGUGGCGUUUUUGGCAAUGACGAUGAUGUGGCAUCACAGCGUGCGAGGGGAGCAGCAGCAGCGCAGGCUGCACGAUGAGCGGCGGGCGGAGGAGGAGCGCAGGGAGAUGUGGCAGCAGAAGCUUCUCAGGGACCUGGCGGUGUCAGCGCGUGAGCCUGCGGACUGGCUGAACAAGCUGCUCGUGCUGCUCUGGCCCAACGUGCUGCACCCCCGCACUCUCGCCGCCACGCAGGCCGCCAUGCAGAGCAUCAUGGACAAGGAUGUGCCGCCGCAUGUGCAAUCAGUGGAGAUUCUAGAGAUGGAUUUCGGAGACGCAGCGCCGCAAGUGGGUCCCCUCGGCCUGUUCUGGUCAACGCGCCAGCCGCACAAGACCCACUCAACUGCCCGCCAUGGGGGUGCCGCUGCUGCUGCUGCUGCUGGGCUCACGGCUGACGGGCAGUCCAGUGGUGGAGUAGCAGGAGGAGGGGGAGGAGGAGUAGUAGGGGGAGAAGGAGAGGGCGGGACGGAGGGCGCAAGGGAACAGCGUGAGCAGCACGAGAGUGAGCGUGGGAACGAGCACACGCAGGGGGAGGAGGGGGAGGAGGAGGAGCAAGGGCUGAAUGUGGACGUGCGGUGGGGCAGCAGCGGGCUGUCUGUGGUGCUGGCAGUGCACUUCGCCUCAGACGCCCCUUUCCCCUCCUCCUCCUCGCACUCCCUCCUGCCCGCCUCCUCGUCGCUCUCCUCGUCACAGCACGGCACGCCGCACUCCCUCGCCUCCUCCUCCUCUGUGGCUCCCGCCGGGUUCAAUAUCCAGCUGGCUAUAUCUAACGUCGCUGUUGCCGGCACGGUGCGCGUGGUGCCGGUGUGCAGUGGCGGCGCGCUGCUGUGGUCGUUUGUGCGCCCGCCCGCCGUGUCCUUCUCCCUCGCCCUGCACCACCACACCAACGCCGACGCCGCGCUCUUCCUCAUCGCCGGCUUCGACGACUGGCUGACGCGAGUGCUCUCGUCCUACAUUGCAGCCCAUGCUGUUGACCCAGUCAAGAAGCUGCUACCCCUCACGCUCCCUCCUCCCUCCCUCUCCCCCGCUCCUCCCCUACUCCUCCCCGCUCCCCUCCCCUCCGUUGUGGGCGGUUACCUCUCGCUCUCCCUCCUCUCCGCCUCCAAUCUCGUCCAACCAUCUGAUUCUCCUAGCAACGCCCCGCCUCCUCCAUCUGCUGCCGCUGCUAAUGCUGCAGCGGCACCAGCGCCAUUGCCAGAAGCAGGGGCAGGGGCUGCAGGGGAGGAGGCAAGGGGGGCAGUGGUGGGUCCAUGUGUGGUGGAGGUGCAGUGUGGGGAUAUACGUAGAGCUUCCUUGCCCAGCGUCACUUCAGGCCGAAACCCCAUGUGGUCCUCCUCACCUACUGCAGCUGCUGCUGCUGCUGGGGAUGCAGGGGAAGGAGGUGCAGCAGGAGGGGGAGCGGUGGCAGGAGCGGUGGCAGGAGGGGAGGAGGGCGCGAUGCUGCUGUGGGGCAAUGGGCCACGCUUCUCCCUCACUCUCACAGUCUGCGAGCUCUCCGGGAAAGUGGCUGCAGCAGCUGCUGCUGUCGCUGCCGAUGGUGCAGCAGCAGUAGCAGCAACAGCAGGAGGAAGAGGCGGAGGGGAUCGUGGUGGCGGGGCUGUGGGUGUGGCCUCUUGUGUGGUGCUCGGGACAGCACAGCUGCACGUGGCGUAUACGGGAGUGGACGGCAGCGCAGGGGACGCCACCCCCUAUGCUGUGCUGUGGGGCAUGGGUCCGCACCGCCUGCCUGUAGUGCGCCGUGUGCCGCUCUCGCCCUCCUCCCUGCGCCCUGUCACCAUCUCCCUCGCCCUCGACUACCCGUCUACCUCGGGAUCUAUCCGCAUUCGCCUCUCUCCACCCUCCUGGCUGCCCACCCCUUCCCCCACUCCCUCACUCCCCUUCACUCCACCAUCCCUCUUCCCUCCUCCGCACCUCGUCCCCUCCCUCCUCGCCUCCUCCUCCUCGUCGUCCUCCUCUCCGCCCGCCCUCCCACGCGCGCCCCCCUCGUUCACGGGGCGCAGCAUCCGAGUGACAGUGGUGGAGGGCCGGCGCGUGUGGGAGAGCAGGGAUGGGAGAGCAACGGGCGUGGGCAUGGGGGGCAAGGGCGCAGGGGGAGGAGUGCCGGGGAUAGUGGUGGAGGUGGAAUAUGGCAAGCAAAGGGUGCGCACGAGGGCCAUUCCAGACACCAACCCCGUGUGGGGGGACGCGCUGCAGCUGCGCGAGGUGGCGGGGGCGGCACCCCUGCUGCACGUGCGCUGCCUCGCCUUCUCCUCGCUCGCUCCCUGGUCGCCCAUCUCCCUCGGCCACGCCUCUCUCUUCCUCCAGCCGGCAGCGCUACAGGGCGAUGCGGGGCUGUGGCUGCCCAUGGGCGGGGUGGGGGGCUCAGGGGACGUGCACCUCAUGCUGGCUCUCGAGCCACCGCACGCACAGGGGCUGGAGGCAGGCGCAGCAGCAGAAGCAGCAGUGGGAGGAGGAGGAGGGGGAGAGGGAAUGGCAGUGGAUGAUGGGCCGGGAGUGGAUGGCAGCACCAGUACUGGCAAGCGGCCAAGCAGUGUGCUCAGGGCCCUGUCACGCAAGGACCGUGCAGUGUCAUCGCGGCGGCUGCAGGUGACAGUGGUGGGCGUGCGUGGACUGGCAUCGCACCCUGCUGUUGUGGCCGCCAAGGGCAAGGCACCCGACACAUAUGCCACCGUGCGCUAUGGCGCUACCAAGAGGCGCACCAAGGUGGUGCAUCGCAGUCUAGCACCAGAGUGGCAAGCGCUCUUUGACCUGCCAGACACGGGAGAGGACCUCGAGGUCACAGUCAAGGAGCCCCACGGCCUUGCUCUCGCCCUCUCCACCACCCUCCCCCUCGGGUCGUGCCGUGUGGACUAUAGCGGCUUGCGCCCGGGGUCCUCCCAGGAGUUUUGGCUCCCCCUAGCUGGUGCUGACCACCCAGACUGUCUGCUCGGUGUGACUGUUGCCAUGCGCCAUGCUGCUCCCACUAUCACACCUGCCACGGCUGCUGCUGCUACCACUGCCGCUACCACUGCUGCUGCUGCUGCUGUUGUUGCGGGUGCUGCUGGGCCUUCUGCUGGGGCUUCAUCUGUUGCUGCAGCGGAGGGUUUGGGAGCAGGAGUGGGGGCAGGAGGAGGGGUAGCGGCAUCGGAUGACCCAAGGGCACAACAAGUGGCGGCAGUGUGCGAGAGGCUUACCACUGCCAUAGCGUCUCUCAAGGCCGCAACUUCUCAGCAGCCCUCAGAACCAGCUACAGCAGCAGCAGGCUCAGGAGCAGGUGCGGUGGGGGCAGCAGCGGCAGUGGAAGCAGUGGAGGCAGCAGCGCAGCAGCAGCAUGCGGCACUGCAGCAGCUGCUGGCAGACCGGGACCUGCUGCUGAGCCGAGUGCAGGAGCUGGACCAUGUGCUGGCUGCCGUGCUAGGGCCUGCUGCAGGCGCAGGGGGAGCGGGUGAAGGGGGUGCGGUGGAGUAG